AAGCACGUCAAAUCGCCGGCAUCAACCGGAUAUUUGGAUGGCAGGAUGCAGAAAGCUGUGAUCAAAGAUGUAUAGGAAAUCUGUAAAUAUAUUAAUGGAUGGUGGGGAUUUUUGACCAUUCAUUUCUUUAAAGAAACGAGCCAGGUACUUGCAGUUUCUUUUUUAAAUUUGUUUGAUUCAAAAGUGAGUAUAACCAACGAAAAAUAUCUUCGUGCCACACGAAAACUUUCAAGAUCAAGGUGUCUGUAGGCCUGCGGAUGAUCAAAGAGAAUGGCCGCUCUUUUGAAACUGAUCAAAAAGAAGCAAGACAGUGCAUCUAGUGGUAGCGAAAUAGUGGCGGUUGCAAGUCACCAGAAAAAUAAGGAAGGUAUUCAUGUUUUGGAGCCCAGCGUUGAUAAAAGGGGCGGCGUGGGUAAUACAGAUGCGGAAAGCCAAGUAAAACCAAAAAAGUCGGCAAAGAAUGCAAGCUCUGCAAGAAACAAUGGAAGGCCCGAGCUUCGCACUAAAAGGUUAAUGAGAGAGUAUCUGCAAAUUUCCAAAAUGAGUGGAGAUAUAAACUCUUGCUUUUCUGCCGAGCUGGUCGGUGAAAGUUUGUACGAAUGGAAUGUGAAGCUUCUUAGAGUUGACCCUGAAAGUGAAUUGCACCAAGACAUGACAGAAUUAGGUCAUGAACAUAUCCUAUUAAACUUGACAUUUCCAGACAAUUUCCCGUUCUCACCUCCUUUUAUGAGAGUAGUUAAACCCAGAAUUGAUGGUGGAUUCAUCCUUGAUGGGGGAGCAAUUUGCAUGGAGCUGCUCACACCCUCUGGCUGGAGUAGUGCCUAUACUGUGGAGGCAAUAAUCAUGCAGUUUGCUGCCCUUGUUGUAAAGGGAAAAGGGCGCAUUGACAAGAGAUCAAAAUCUGAUUUCAGCAGGAAAGAAGCAGAGUCAUCAUUCAAGAAACUAGUGAAGACCCAUGAAAGGUAUGGAUGGAUAACUCCUCCAAUCUCAGAGGGCUAAAUAACACAUGGGGUCUUUCAAGAAUGAAACUUUCCAUCCAUAAAGGGGAAAAUGUUUUAUAAUAGAUAUGAAGAUGAUUCAUCUAUUUAUUAAUGUAGAUAUGUAAGACUAAAUUUGUUGCCUGUGAAAAAAAUUGUUGCUAAUAUUGCUUGUGCUAAUAAGACACUGGAUGUAUCUAACUAAAAACCAUGUUACAACUUCACUUACUUUCAGUUAUAAGAAAGUCUCAAUUUCCUAACUGGUAGAUAAAAUCACAUUAACUUGAACUUCAAGGAAUCUUUGCUGUUCAUGGGAAAAGCUCACAAUGUUCUUCUUGCAGCCUUUGAUCCUACUUGUGGCUUGCAACUCAUGGUCUUUGCAGCAGCCAAAAUCAUAAUGAUGAUCACUGCAGAAAAAAUGUUUGCAGAAAAUUAUACAGACAAAUUUACUACUUAGUGUUUCAUCCAAACCGACAUUGUUUUGAAAAUUACUGAAAUACAUUUCCUUAUUCUGCCGUUUGCCAAAACAUCUUACUAAGUCUGCACCUCAAACUUUGACUGAUUUCCAGAUAAACCAAUAGUAAGGUUUGUACACAAAAUUUUGUAUGUUUAAAUAUUGGAAAAUACCAGAACAUGAUAAGAGUGCUACCACACCUCAAUAAUAAAAUCAUACAACUUUGUUUUUAUUUUUUCUUGUGAAAAAGUAGAAGAGUAGGAAAGUUCACUUUGAAGAAUUUCAGAAAAAUUAUUUGACCUGUCUUGGUAGUUAGUGAUAAGGAGGGAAAAGAGAUAAUAAUGAUGAUUUUAGUUCUAUAAUAAUGAGUAAAGCUAUUUUUUUGAAUUGUAAGAAUAAUUAAUUAAUUUGCAUUAAUUUAGUCAGUGCAUUGCACAAGGAUGCUUAAUUUACUUUUUUUGUUACUUGGUGUAUAUAUUAGCUAUUUAUUUGGUGUAGCUGAAACUUCAUGCCAGUGCUUAGCUACUGUUUUGAUUAGUUUUUUAUGUUUGGAAAUGUUA